UUGCUGAGUAAAGACAUCGCAAGAGGUGCAGUCUUGGGCUAUUACGUUUUGCACCGGCUUAACAGCACUCCUCUCUGGAUUAAUAAAACUGUUGAUAGAGCCGAAUUGACAUCGUUGUUGGUGGGACCACUAAAUGAACACACUUCAUACGAGUUUGCCAUGCAGGCGUUUAACAGUAAAGGUGCCAGUCAUUUAAGUGCUUCGGUGAGAAAGACUACCGACCAGCAUAAACCGCGUAGUACACCACAAGCUGUUACAGUUAGUGCUACAUCUUCUAAAAGUAUCUUCGUCUCCUGGGAUCCUGUCACUGCUGAUGAUCGAAAUGGAAUUAUCAAAGGAUACAUCGUGAAUUACCAAGCCUUACCAAAUGGUUACAUCGUUGCUAAGAUCCUCAAUAUCACUUAUGAGGAACAGAAUAAUAGACAAACAGUGACUUUAAGUAACCUGAAUGAGUUUACAAACUACAGCAUCAGGGUAUUAGCAUUUACUGUUUUUGGAAAUGGACCAGUAAGUGUUAGCCAGGUUGUGGAGACACUGGAAGACAAACCGAGUGGUGCACCACAAGCUCUUACAGUUAGUGUUACAUCUUCUAGAAGUAUCUCCGUCUCAUGGGAUCCUGUCAUUGCUGAAGAUAGAAAUGGAAUUAUUAAAGGAUAUAGAGUAAAUUAUCACGCCCUACCAAAUACUUACGCGGUCACUAAGUUCCUCAAUAUCACUAAAGAGCAACAGAAUAAAAGACAAACAGUGACUUUAGAUAAUCUGAAUGAGUUUACAAACUACAGCAUUGGAGUGUUAGCAUUUACUCUUCUUGGAAAUGGACCGGCAAGUGUUGGCCAAGUUGUGGAGACGCUGGAAGACAAGCCGACCGGUGCACCACAAGCUGUUACAGUUAGUGUUACAUCUUCUAGAAGUAUCUCCGUCUCCUGGGAUCCUAUCAUUGCUGAUGAUAGAAAUGGAAUUGUCAAAGGAUAUAAAGUAAAUUAUCAAGCCUUACCAAAUGGUGACAUUGCUACGAAGAUCUUCAAAAUCACUAAAGAGCAACAGAAUAAAAGACAAACGGUGACUUUAGGUAAUCUGAAUGAGUUCACAAACUACAGCAUUGGGGUGUUAGCAUUUACUGUUUUUGGAAAUGGACCGGCAAGUGUUGGCCAGGUUGUGGAGACACUGGAAGACAAACCAAGUAAUGCACCACAUGCUGUUACAGUUAGUGCUACAUCCUCUAGAAGUAUCUCCGUCUCAUGGGAUCCUGUCGUUGCUGAUGAUCGAAAUGGAAUUAUCAGAGGAUACAUCGUGAGUUAUCAAACAUUACCAAAUGGUCACCUGGUCGCCAAGAUCCUCAAUAUUACUAACGAGGAACAGAAUAAUAGACAAACGGUGACUUUAGCUGGUCUAAAUGAGUUUACAAACUACAGCAUUGGGGUUUUAGCAUUUACUAUUUUUGGAAAUGGACCAGCAAGCGUUGGGCAAGUCGUGGAAACACUCGAAGACAAACCCAGUGGUGCACCACAAGCUGUCACAGUUAAUGUGACAUCUUCUAGAGGUAUCUCCGUCUCAUGGGAUCCUGUCGUUGCUGAUGAUCGAAAUGGAAUUAUCAAAGGAUACAUCGUGAAUUAUCAAGCCUUACCAAAUGGUUACAUGGUCGCUAAGAUCCUCAAUAUUACUAAUGACGAACAGAAUAAUAGACAAACGGUGACUUUAGUUGGUCUAAAUGAGUUUGCAAACUACAGCAUUGGGGUUUUAGCCUUUACUAUUUCUGGAAAUGGACCAGCAAGCGUUGGGCAGGUUGUGGAGACACUGGAAGACAUACCAAGUAAUGCACCACAAGCUGUUACAGUUAGUGCGACAUCUUCUAAAAGUAUCUUUGUCUCUUGGGAUCCUGUCAUUGCUGAUGAUCGAAAUGGAAUUAUCAAAGGAUAUAAAGUGAAUUAUCAAGCCUUACCAAAUGGUGACAUGGCCGCCAAAUUUCUCAAUAUCACCAGAGCGCAACAGAAUAAAAGACAAACAGUCACUUUAGAUCAUCUGAAUGAGUUUACAAACUACAGUAUAGGAGUGUUAGCAUUUACUGCUUUCGGAAAUGGACCAGCAAGCGUUGUCCAGGUUGUGGAGACACUGGAAGACAAACCAAGUAAUACACCACAAGCUGUUAAAGUUAGUGUUACAUCCUCUAGAAGUAUCUCCGUCUCAUGGGAUCCUGUUAUUGCUGAUGAUCGAAAUGGAAUUAUCAAAGGAUACAUCGUGAAUUAUCAAGCAUUACCAAAUUGUUACAUCGUCGCCAAGAUUGUCAAUACUUUAGUUGGUCUAAAUGAGUUUGCAAACUACAGCAUUGGGGUUUUAGCCUUUACUAUUUCUGGAAAUGGACCAGCAAGCGUUGGGCAGGUUGUGGAGACACUGGAAGACAUUGCGAACUUUGCAAGUCCGUUCCACCUAAGUCUUUCCUUGAGCGGGGUCAAAGCGGGCAAUCCCAAGCACGCAGGAUGGGCUCAUCUUGCCCACCCGGUUAGCCAAUCAGAACACAGGAUUUGCUUCAUAUUCCCCACGGGUGCUGCCAGCGAUAUAAUAACGUGUAUUAAAACCUCAAGCUCUUCUUUUAGCCCAUCAUCCUUUUCUUUCCGGGUGGUGUAUACCAGUCGUUGUACCUCGGCUUCAUCUGGGGUCUCAUGGGAUUGCGCCUCUAUCUUGCUUACAAGUGGAGCACUUACUCUAAUAGAGGCUGAGUACUUCGCAUCCGCACUAUCAGAUAGAUUUAUGAGCCCAAGACCACCCAUACGCACCGGCAAUGCUACUAGAUCGCGCUCUGCCUCAGAACAGUUACGUUCUAUGAGCGAUGGUAUAAGCACAUCCGAGAUUGCACGCUCUAAGGGCUGCAGUGGGGUCUCGAUAUCCGGCAAUGUUCUCAUAAAGUACGUCCACCGAUGUCUAAGCCCAAAUGUGAAUGCUGCAUAA